UUCCGCCUCUCAAGACGGACUUUCAGCCGGCAUUUUAUUUCCACUUACCCGCUACCUGUGUCUGCCCAAACAUUAAUCAUCAGCCUGUUGACCGGCUAAAGGCAAUCCCGCUCAGUGUCCUUUUCCACUAAAGUCUACUAAACAAUGCCUGGAUUUUCAGACAGAGAUCGUGGCAGAGACAGAGGAUAUGGUGGUGGGCCUCCUCGUUUUGGUGGUGGUGGAGGAGGAAACAGAGGUGGACCUCCUCCAGGAAAGUUUGGCAACCCUGGUGAGAGGCUGCGAAAGAAGCACUGGAACCUUGAUGAACUUCCAAAGUUUCAGAAGAACUUCUACCAGGAGCACCCAGAUGUCACACACAGACCAAUUCAAGAAGUAGAACAGUACCGAAGAAGCAAAGAAGUUACAGUCAAAGGCAGAGAUUGCCCAAAACCAAUUGUAAAAUUCCAUGAAGCUGCAUUUCCAAGCUAUGUCAUCGAUGUGAUUGUCAAACAGAACUGGACUGAACCAACUCCAAUCCAGUCUCAGGGGUGGCCUGUUGCCCUGAGCGGGAAAGAUAUGGUUGGCAUCGCUCAAACUGGAUCUGGGAAAACUCUUGCAUACCUUCUGCCUGCAAUUGUCCACAUCCAGCAUCAGCCAUUCUUGGAGCAUGGAGAUGGACCCAUUUGCUUGGUGCUGGCACCAACCCGUGAGCUAGCUCAGCAGGUGCAACAGGUAGCCGCCGAAUACGGCAGAGCCUCUCGCCUCAAAAGCACCUGCAUCUAUGGUGGUGCACCCAAAGGACCACAAAUCAGAGACCUUGAGAGAGGUGUAGAGAUCUGCAUCGCUACUCCAGGUCGUCUCAUCGAUUUCCUGGAAUGCGGUAAAACUAAUUUGCGUCGUUGCACGUAUCUGGUGCUGGAUGAAGCUGACCGCAUGCUGGACAUGGGCUUCGAACCUCAGAUUCGCAAGAUAGUGGAUCAAAUUCGGCCAGAUCGUCAGACCCUAAUGUGGAGCGCCACCUGGCCCAAGGAAGUUCGUCAGCUGGCUGAGGACUUCCUCAAGGACUACGUCCAGAUCAACAUUGGAGCGCUUCAGCUCAGUGCCAACCAUAACAUCCUUCAGAUAGUUGAUGUUUGCAAUGAUAUGGAAAAGGAGGACAAACUGAUUCGUUUACUGGAAGAGAUCAUGAGUGAGAAGGAGAACAAGACCAUUAUUUUUGUGGAGACCAAAAGACGUUGUGAUGAGCUCACCAGGAGGAUGAGGAGAGAUGGGUGGCCAGCAAUGGGAAUCCAUGGAGACAAGAGCCAGCAGGAGAGGGACUGGGUCCUUAAUGAGUUCAGAUACGGCAAAGCUCCGAUUCUCAUUGCUACAGACGUGGCCUCUCGUGGAUUAGAUGUGGAGGAUGUGAAAUUUGUCAUCAAUUAUGACUACCCUAACUCCUCUGAGGAUUAUAUCCACCGCAUUGGACGCACAGCCCGAAGUCAAAAAACGGGCACGGCCUACACCUUCUUCACCCCCAACAACAUGAAACAGGCCAGUGACCUGAUCUCUGUGCUCCGCGAAGCUAACCAGGCCAUUAACCCCAAGCUGAUCCAGAUGGCAGAGGACAGAGGGGGUCGUGGUAGGGGGGGAAGAGGUGGCUACAAGGAUGACCGCCGGGAUAGGUAUUCUGGGGGUGGGAGGAGUAACUUUGGUGGUAGUGGCUACAGAGACAGGGACAGUGAUAGAGGGUUUGGCGGUGGGCCAAAGACUGCGUUUGGUGGCAGCAAGGCUCAAAAUGGCAGCAAUUAUGGAGGUAACAGUGGUAGCUCCAGUGGUAGCUAUGGCAGCAACAAUUACACCACCGCAAAUGGACAGGGUAAUUUUGGUGGUCCACCAAACCAGGGGGGCUUUGGUAACCAAAGCUUCCAAGGGCCCCCUCAGUUCGGUGGCAUGCAGAGGCCUGCUCAGAAUGGCAUGAACCACCCACCGUUCCCAUUCAACUCUCAGCCACCACCACCACAAAACCAACAGCCUCCACCACCACCGAUGGUGCCCUACCCCAUGCCACCACCGUUCCCACAGUAGAUGUUCACAUGCUAUAUGGAACCAACAUUACUUCUGUUUAGUCCCAAAAUCUUGCAGUAUAAUUAUUAUUAUUAUAUUAUUAUUACUAUUAUCCUUUGUACUGUUAAACUUUUUGUUUUGCUUACAGCAGGGUUGGAAUUAUUACAAACAUCCCGAGCAUUAAACGGGGUCAGACAUGUCUCCUAUAGUGCAACUGAGAUUGCUGCACUUUCCCUUAACUGUUUUUUGCUACAUUCCUCAGUAAUUUAUUUUUACUAGGUAAUUCAGUGUUUUCAGUUUGUGGUAUGUUUUAAGUGAUGUUAUGAAGAUCACAUAAAAAGGGUGCCUGUGACCCUUUUAAAAUAAAAACAAGAAAAUGGGA